GACAAAGACUAACAUAUGUUUAUCCUUAAUUACUUUGUCUUCUUCUCUAGAAAAAUUCCCACCUUAUAUUUAACCACAAAUUAACACUACUUUGAGAAUAAAUGUGAGAUAGUCAGAUCCAUAUUCGCAAAAGCACCAACAUUCUUUCCCACUACCCACUGCAGCAUAUCGAGAAAUUCUUCAGAAUUCGAAAGCUUUUCUGUCUUCAUUUUUACCCUUUUUGUUUUUUGCUUCUCUUUGUUUGCUUUAGUUUUAAACUCUUCAAGCUUAUUCAGAGAAGCCUUACUGAGUUUGGAAUUGGGUUUUACUUCUGUGUCUGGAAUUUGCAUUGUUAGUGUAGUUUCUGUCGCUGGGAACUUGUUUUGCUUUGUUGGGAUUAUAGUUUAUGAUACAGCGUUGGUUUUUGAGGCUAAAGGUUGAUCAACGGUGGACUUUUGGCUAGUUCUGUGAGUGGGUUUUGGUUGUAGAGGGUAGAAAUCGUGGGGUAAGAUUCUACAAGUGAUCUUUUCAAUAGUUUACAGCUUACCAAUUUCUGAAAGCUGGGAAUUUUGUUUUGAGAACCAGAAACUGUGACGGUUUCUAUAUGGCCUUCUCAAGUGAAGUAUGCAUAUUUUGCUAAAUUUCAAUAGAUUUUAGAUGUGGGUUUUAGUUUCCAGAAGCUGAUAUUGUCUUUGGAAUUUAGAAUUUUAUACUUGUAUAUAGGUUUCACUUGAUACCUUAUCUGUAGAGAUGUUUAAUACAAGCUUGCAAAUGUCACUGAAUUGCCAUCUCAAAGAUGUUUAAUACAAGCUUGCAAAUGUCACUGAAUUGCCCAUCUCACUUAUCAGUGUCUGUAACUAGGCAGAGAAAUGUUUGUAAGAGAAGGUUGAAUCCGGUUCUAGCUGUGCCCCCGUCCUCAGUGAUCUUACACACUGAUGAAAGUGGGGAAUUUCCUGAAUCUAGGAACAGUUCUAGUUCAAGUAAUGCUUCUUUAAGCAGCUGUGCUGGGUCCUUGCUUUGUCAUCCUAAUACUGUGGGGAUAAUGGGAGGAGGAUCUGUUGAUUCUACUCUCAGUUUCAUUAGAAAACUUGUUCAUUGGAGUAAAGAAAAUGAAGAGACUUGCAUGCCCUUUGUUCUUUGCUCUGAUCCAGUGUUGAAUAGGGAGCUUUUAUCCCUGGAGAGGAAUUCUUCUACUCUCUGCAGUAGAAAUGCACGUUCGCAAUUUGAUCAUAGCCCGAUUGUCGAAAAUUUACUAAGUAAAAGAGUUUUCCUUGAGAAAUCAGGAGCUCAGUGCAUUGUAGUGCCUUGUCAUAUUUCACACUCAUGGCAUGAUGAAGUGUUUAAGGGAUGUUCUAUUCCUUCCCUUCACAUGGCUGAGUGUGUUUCCAGGGAGCUUAAGGAAGCCAAGUUGAAGCCACUAGAAGCUGGGAGCCCUUUGCGGAUAGGGGUUCUUGCCACCGAUGUGACUUUAGAAGCAGGGUUUUACCAAGAGAAACUGCAGAAUGAGGGAUUUGAGGUUGUGCUGCCAGAUAAAGCAACCAUGGAGCACACUGUAAUCCCUGCAAUUGAUGCUAUAAAUAGAAAAGACAUGGAAGGGGCACGAAAUCUGCUGAGAAUCGCUCUCCAAGUCCUCUUGGUGAGGGCAGUUAACACUGUUAUCCUUGCGUCCAAUGAUAUGUGUGAUCUUUUGCCACGAGAUGAUCCACUUCUUAAGAAAUGUAUUGACCCAAUGGAUGCAUUGGUCAUGUCAACUAUCAAGUGGGCACAACAAGCUGUGAAGGAAGCCGAUUUGUUGAAAAGAAAAGAACCCAUCAUCUUCAACAUUUGCAGCUUCGAGAACCCAGAUAUCAACCCUCUUGGGAUUCUGAUGCCAUCAAGUAAGUACUCCAAUUUCAAACAUUUCAGCUUUUCUAAAGCCUUCAAUUCAGUUGGUAGCUGUCUUAUACCUGUAUAUGAUAGAUCCAAAUACUCUAGAGAUGCAAGUUUUGAGAUUCCCACCGGCAAUUCUCUUAUACCUCUAUUAGCUCUAAAACAUAGAAUUUUUAGACCAGACAUAAAUUGGAAGAAGUCAUUGUGGAUCACCUUUAACUGGUUUUGAUUGAGAAACAAAGUUUGAAGAUCAGGACAGUAAGGUGGUUCGUUUAGAGCUUCGAUCUUAUUUUGCAUCAAUGACAUUCUUUUUAUACCUCUCCAUUUUCCAACCUCAGGCACUUGAGUCAAUUCAUAUCCAGCUCGAACAAAAAACUUCCACUUGUGUGCAUAAAGCCUACAUGCUAUCCACAAACACAUAUCACGAAUUACAUCAUGCAUUUUCACUGUCGAGUCACUUACUUCUUCCAAUAAACAUGAAUGAAUAAGAGAACCAAUGAUUUGAUGGCCUUGCUUUCGAGCUUGACUAAUGCUUUCAUAUUCAUCCAUAAACCCUUCUACUAUGCAGCAAUCUAUGAAAAUUUCUUUCGGAAUUCGGUAAUCUUCUGGGAAUAAACUACAAUAUAAAAGGCAACAACGAACCAAGUCAUUUGGUAAACAAUCGAAACUGAAUUUUAGAAGUGGAUAUACCACUUCAUCCAUAUCUGGAAAAACGGAAUUAGCUGAUCUCUUCAAGACUUGAAUUGCAUAUUCCCAUUCUUCAGGUGUUCUCUUGCAAGCCAUGGCUCGACCGAUGGUGAUGAGUGCAAGAGGCAAUCCUCCACAUUCUCUGGCCACUUCAUGAGCUAGGUCUCGAAUGUUUGGAUGACCAUCAAGGAUAUCAUUGCCAACAUGUUGUUCAAACAAUUCCCAAGCCUGUUCUUCUGUCAAACAUUGAACUUCAAUCAUCUUAUGGGCUCUCAUUUGGCCACACACCUCAUUAGAACGAGUUGUAAAGAUUAUUUUGGAACCAUUUUCAUAGGUUGGGAGAGGUAUCCCUACCUUUAAUACAUCAACUCGUUCCCAUACAUCAUCCAUCAGCACUACAAAUUUCUUCUCUCUUAGAACUCUGAAGACAUCCAUAGCUUUCUCUUCAGCAGAUUUUUCUCCCCACAUUCCACUAAAAAGGCCUAUCCUCUUUGCAAUGUCGUCUUGAACCUUUGCAAUCCUAAACCCUUUAGACACCAUUACCCAUAUCACCAUAUCAAAUCCAUUGGAUGGAACACUGAUCUUGUUAUUGAUUUCAGUCAAGAUCCUGGUCUUACCAACCCCACCAACCCCAUAUAUACCAACAAUCCUCGCAUGUUUUUCUUCAAGGAUGCUCCACACCUUAUUCAACAUAGAUUCCAUGCCUACGGAAGAGUCGCACGGUCUUUCAACCGCCAGAGCUGCGGGUACCUCCAUAGCAACCACCUCAAAAGCUCCUUUUCUUUUUAAAACCUUAACAUCGUGGAGUCUUUUGACCACCGUUUUGCUAAAUUUGAGGGUAGACCUGUAAUUCAUGGAGCAACAGCCUCCCAUACAUAGGUUCUUCAUUUCUUUUUUACCAUCUAUAAUUCGUUGAUCAACUUCGUUUAUCAUAGUUGCAGUUCUUGAAAGCCAUCCUUGAACUUGGUUUAAUGGCUUCAGACAUUGCUGUUCAGCAAUGUUAACCUUCCUAAUCACAUCGGCCCUUUGCUCCUUUAAUUCGUCCAAAGCUGUCUUCAACUCAGAAAGGCUUUCUUCAAGCUGGUAUGUGUAGAUUGCUUGGCCGGCAACACAAUCCCAGCAGCCGCUGGUUAUUUUAUCACAACACAUUAAUUCAAAAGAGAAAAUAUUACCCAUAGUUUAUGGUAGAUUGAUCUAAGGAAAAUUGUAUCGAAAGAGAAGAAGAGUGAUUAAUGAAAGGGAUGAAGAACAAGGAUGAGUCUACUUUAUAGUCAUCAUAAA